UGCUGGGAGUUACUGCUUUUACGCACUUUACUACACGGCGAGAACAUAUCAAGACUAGAAAAUUUCUCAUUCACAAGUCAGAAACUCGACGUGACAGCUCGUUUGCACAUUUCAUGACUCUUGUGAAAAACGCGGGAAAAAUAUUCGACAUCUACAGACUACAGACGCAUUUGCAAAUUUCUAGUGUUUUUUUUUAUAUUUCUCUACUGUGUGGAGGUCAAGGUGCAGUUUAAUAUUAGAUGUUGGGCAUAGUGCCAGUAUGUUAGUAAACAGUGUGAUAUAAAAAUAAUUACAUUUGUAUAUCAGUGAUAUUAAAUUUUAAUUAAUAAAAAAACAGGUCAAAGUCAAUAUUAAAUAGGUUUUUGUGAAGGUUUUUGACUGUAAAAGUGAACAACAACAAAGUGAAAAACAAGGAAGUGAAAUCGUACCUCUGUGUUUCGUAUCUCACGAGUAAAUUAAAUUAGAAUAGAUAUGAAGUUAGUAGAAUGAGUGUCGAUAUGAAAUCAUCGGCCCAAGAGGGAUCAAGUCAAAUUCAGAACGUCCCUAACAGGAAUGAAAGAAGAUCAAGGGCCCCAAAACAAACCCUAGAGUCAAGACUAUGGGAUUUAUUGCAGCCCUUGGCGAGGCUAUGGGGCAUCAUUACAGCCGUAGUGAUGAGCGGUGCUGGGGCAGAGCUUACGGUACUGGAGUAUGAUGUAGCACCGGCUUUGAUAGCCGGUGCGGCGUUAGUAUUAAUUAUGGAGACUAUGUGGGUGAUUGCUCUCUUUGUGGACCUGCUGGCUCGUCGUGGGGAGUACUCACUUGGUUUGAGGUGCUGGGACUUCUUCAGAUGGUGCUGUGGUAGGGCGCGAGCGCCAUUCUAUGCUUGCGUUGCUACUGCUCUGCUCUUUGCCAAUCUCACACUACUUGCUACAGUAUCGGGUGGAAUGUUACUAGUACUGGCCGCCCUACGAGCGGCAGUGCCCUUCUCACCUUACGCUCGACAAGGGCCUCAUUCACCAAGGGCGGGCAGUUCCUUGCUGAGCCAACAUGAGAAUCUACCAGACGUCUACUAUAACGCAGCUAAUGGUAAUGAUGAAAGAUGCGAAGAAAUGACAGUUUUAAAUGUACAAUCUCCGAAGAAAUCACGUUCUGUUUCACCGAAACCGAAGCUAUUGGAAAUAUAAAACAUAUUUUAAAUGUAUUUUAUUAUCAAAGAGGUUUACCUACUAUGUUUAAUUAUCUUUGGUUAUAUCAAAGACAUAUUUCUCUAUGGCCUUAUUAUAAAAGGAGGAUAUACGUACUGGUUACGUGUUAACAAAAUGGUAACCAUGGUAACCGUAAUCGUACUCUUUUAUAAGGUCAUUAAUUUUUAAUAUUGUUCUAUUACUAAAAAUAAGUAGGUAGUCUGCACAGUUUGUUGUGCGUUUGAUUUAUUGAUCCAGCCAUUCGAUCCAUUGAAGAAUUUGACCAGUUGAAUGCAACCACCAUAUAAAUAUAAAACGUAGCUUUGACCGACUUCAAUUAAAAUUAAAGUUAACAUAUUCAGAACUAAUUUAUUCAGAACUUUACUGCAAGUAAGAUCUAGAACUACUUUGUAUACUUAUUUAAUUAACCUAAUUAUUAAUUAUCGAAUAAGAAACUGUGAUAGUUUGUGUAAGUGUUCGUGUGAUUUGUUAAUAAAUAGUAAUUAAUAAUAAA